AUGGAGCAACUUCUGAAGAUUCAGUUUUCCGCAUCUAAUAUUGAUCAUGCUUUACUCACAACCGCACUCAUUUUACUGGAAGUGGCUUUGGUGGCAUUUGUUGCACUUGAUCAUCAUUGGGAGAAGGAUCUUCCAUUUGACCCAACUGGAGAACUGUAUAGAAUUCGGGCUUUCAUCGAAAACAAUGUUGAAGUUUGUAAGUGGGUUGGAAUCAGUUUGGUUGUAAUUCAGGUUUUAUCCCUACUUCUCGCAAUGAUCCUGCGAGCCAUGGUUUCUAUAAGGCGAGAAGACAGUGACAUUGAGGGAGGCUAUGAUGUUAGCGAUAGAACACCACUGCUAAAUCCACAACUAAGCCAAACAUAUGGGUCAAUCAAAGGCAUUAGAACUCACUCUGACAGCUGGAGCUCACGCAUGAGAGAAAAGGUAUCUCUUUAG